UUAAUCAUUUUCGUAGUGUAUAAUUAGAUAUCCCUUCAUUUGGAACGGGAGCUGUACAACUAGAAAUUCAAGAAUUUUUGAACCCCAUCUCAAGAGAAAAGUGUCUCCCGGGUUGUAUUCCAACUGUCCGCGGCAUUGCUACUUGCUUAAAAACAACACAAAGGAGGAUCUUGGAACCUAAGCAGUAAGUUGAGACAGUAAAAGGUAUUGUACAGACAGCAGGUAAUAUCAAUUGGUUGUGCAAAAGAAAACUCUACUAUAUAGAUGACCUAUCAACCUGAUGAAAUUAUUUUCGGAUAUUUCACAAGGGUAUGAGGUGUGCUCGAUAUUGCUUCAUACAUGCUUUCUAAAAUGUUUCAUUCGCAGUUUGACAUUCCAAAAUGGGAUCAGGACCAUCUUUGCUCCACCGUGAGGACAUCCAUGUAGUGAUUGUGGGAGGAGGCUAUGCCGGCAUUCAGCUCGCCAAAAGCCUGAAGAACAAGGCUAGGUUCACCUUGAUUGACCCCAAGGAGAUGUUGUACCACAAUGUUGGGGCUGUCAGGUCAUGUACUGAACCAGGGUUUGUCAAGAAGAUUAUGAUACCUUACGCCCCAACUUUCGGUGAGAACUUCAAGCAAGGCACCGUCACUGCGAUCAACGCUGCUGAGAAGACAGUGCUGCUCUCUAGCGGUGAGACGGUGAAGUACAGCCAUCUCGUGCUCGCGACCGGCUCCACCGGGCACUUCCCGUGGAGCCUACCGGACGGAAUGACGACGGCGGCCGCAGUGGUGGAAAAGAGCGAAGAAGUUCUCAAACAGGUGAAAGCAGCAAAUAAAAUUGUCAUCAUAGGAGGAGGGGCCGUGGGUACAGAGAUAGCAGCAGAGAUAACAACUGACUACAAGGACAAAGAGGUGACGUUGAUCCAUAAUCGUAAGAUACUAGUGGAUGGUGAAUCCAGCGAUGCCUUUCAGAAGAGACUGAAAGAAAUCCUGGAAAUGUUGGGAGUCAAACUCGUGUUAGGAGAAAGAGUAACAAACCUAGCUGAGCUGCCAACAAACAGAGUGGAGACAGCUACAGUCAUGACUGACAAGGGGACAGAGAUCUCAGCAGACCUGGUCAUCCCGUGUACAGGGCUCAAGGUCAACAGUAUGGCCUACAAGGACAGUCUGGCCUUCAGUAUGGAAGACAAUGGAAGCCUAAAAGUCAACAACUUCUUUGAAGUUCAAGAAACGGAGGGAAUCUAUGCCAUCGGGGAUUGCACCAACAUCCCUGAGACUAAGAUGACCUACAGAGCAGGCAUGCAUGCGGAACUGUUAGCUAAGAACAUCCUUGCUCAGGAAACUGGAGGGAUCAAGAAGGAGUACAAGCCAGAUCCUUUCAUAAUGACACUAUCUCUUGGUCGAAAGGCUGGGAUGGGUCAGAAGGGUUCGUCUCUCCUUCCCGAGUUCAUGGUCAGGAUGCUGAAGAGCAGGGACAUGAUGGCGUGGAAGGUCUGGAGAGACAUGGGACAAAGUGCUCCUUCAUAAAAAUCUACUUUUGAACUGUUCUGUUUUAUCCACACGAGGGCAGCCAUCUUGGAAAGGGCACAACAGCCCCCCCCGCUCCUACAGUAAUAAUUGCCUCUUACAUUUAUAUUGCUCAAUAGAAAUCGAGAAAGGGCAAGUCAUGAUAGAUUUCAAAUAGUUUGAAGGAUGUCUGCAGCUGUUCAUGCUGUAUAUGAUUGACCUGUUACACAAAAAAAUGUUUUGAAAAAAUCAGAAUAUUGUGAAAUUCUGAAGUUUCAUUUACAGCAUUGGUGUAUUUUACUGUAGAACUGAGAGGUGGGGGAAAGGGAUUAGAGAGAACCACUUAACUGUAUUACUACGCAGACUGUAUCUGAUUAAAAUGAACUUGUCGGUAUAUAUAGUGAUA